CUAAAGUAUUUUAAAUCCAUUCACUGAUCAUUUUUCUAUUAUAAAGAUCUUUAAUUAUAUAUUACUAUAUAUACCAUUAAUUUCCUCCAUUGAUUUCUUGUGUAUUUUUUUUUUUUUUUUUUUUUUUACCCUAUUAAUUCGCUGUGCUAUUUAUCUUAGUACUAAAUGUUCUGGAAAUACUGCAAUGUGGACAAUGACUGUAAAUGAGUCGUUUCUGUGGUCUUUCACCAGUAGUUGGCAACAAAUGAAUGUCUUUUAUGUUAUUAUGGAGUCAUUGAGUUGACUCAACUGACUCAUUUACACACUUAUAAGAUUCAUUCAUGAACACCACUACUAUACUACUAAUUAAUUAUAUCUUUAUCAUUAUCCUUAGACUAACUGAUAUGAAAUAUGGUCAUUUAAAUGUAAAAUGCCCUUUAGAAGCCGCUUCCCCGCCAGAGUCUGUGUUUCUCAGCACCUGUGUUUGAAAAAAAAAUCAAUGCUUCUUACUAAUAUUUAACAUGCUUGUGGCUCUACUAUUGAAACUGUAUUUUAACUUUUACAGAUCAGCCCUGUUUACUUUCAUUGCAAGUUUUUUUUUUUUUUUUUUUUUUAAUUAUUAUUAUUAUUAUUAUUAUUUUGCAAUGGGGGGCAAUACAAUUUUUUUGUGGUAAUCAACAUUAUGCCACAAGUGUUGGCAACUGAACUUAACAUGUAUUUAUCCCAGAAUAUUCCUUCAUUUGACCAGUGCAUUCACUCUCUGAUAUGUCAUGUGAUUGCAAGGAACACAGAUGGUUUCUAUAUUAAGACCAGCAAACAGAUAUCAUUUGCUAUUUUGAACUCUGGAGAUUUAAAGAUGGCACAGACAGAGAGACAUCAACACUCAGGAUGGUCAAGCAAACAGGAGUGAAGCACCUGAACCUGACUCUGAUUCAUCAAUCAGCAGCAUGGAUGAACCUACAAUCGAAGUAACAACGGAAUCCACUAGAAGAGAAAUGGGAGAAAAACAAAGGAGAACUGUUGGAGAUCAUACAACAGAAUGUGAGGGAACAGAUGAGCAUAUAGAACAUAUUUCAAGGUCAAAAACACUCUUUCACAGAUUUCAUCUUGACAAGCAUCACUAUAAACUGAGAGCAACAGAUGUUCUUCAUUUAACUGCACAUUCAUUACAGUCCCACGAGUCUUGUAAUAAAGAGAAGCUGAUUCAGACUUUCAUUCAAAAGCUUUUGAUGAUGGACUACAGAGCAAGAUACAUUAAUGUUGAAGAGACCAAUGAUGAAGGUCACACUCAACAAGGCAGCAAUGAUUCAUUUAUACAGGAAGCAGAUUAUGAUAAUAUUUUUUUAGAAUUAAUGUCUAACAGAGAAACAAGUAAACCUGACCCUGUUCACCCGAUGGAUGUUCAGAUGGCUUUGUUUCAUUGUGCUGACGGUUUCCUGAAGCAGCUGUUGGUCACUAAACUGUCCCAGUGUCAGUACGCUCUGCCUCUGCUUGUUCCUGAUCCAUUCACACAACAGAUUGAGUUUCCUCUCUGGACAUUCAGACAAAUCAACAAGAGCUGGAAGAUGAGAAACACCUACUAUGAAACCAUCAGUCAAAUCCACCCAAUCUACAAGGCAGAAACUCCAAUGGUGUUUUUCUUCAGGUUUGGCUCUGUGUCUUCAUCCAAGUCUGAGCUGAUGAACAGUCUGAUCAAUGAGAAACACAACACGUUCUUCCACAGGAACUGCCCAGGCAGCAGCAGAACCAGAGAACUGAUGGAUGGAGUGGUGGAGAUCGCCUGGUUCUUCCCCUCUGGAUCAUAUGAUGAUAAAUUCACUGACUGUGUUGCGUUCUGUAAUCUACACGGUGAUGCAGGAGACCAUGAGAAACAGCUGCAGAUCCUCACUGAAAUGGCCUCAGUCAAUGUUGUUCUUCUACAACAACUGGACAGGAAUGACAGAAGUGCUGCAAAGAUACAGAACCUGUACAAGGACUCAAAGCCACUCAUUUGUCUUUUUGCUGAGAAUAAUUCUGCAUGCACUGAGACACGUAAAGGGAAAUUCAAAAUUGGUUUGAAAUACAGAAAUCAGUCAGCUGUAUCUGAAGAACUCAGAAGAGCUAUAAAUGAUUGUCUCUCAGAAUCAUCUUCCACUUUCAGACUUGAAGAUGUGUCCAAACACUCAGACGUCAGAGUAGAUGAGGAAAAUGAUGAAGACUGCAGGAGAGGAAGAGAAGCAGCACAGCAGAUGAUGAGUUUACUGGAGAAGAAAGAUCUGACAGAAAUCAAAGAAUCAGUUCUGCCUCAUCAGGGGAAACUGUGGCGUCAGUGGAGUCAGAAGAACAAAGAACUACAUCGACCUCAAGGAGAUGAACCAGAAAUGGAAAUAAGUAAAAAACAAACAGAAAUGAUGAAAAUCCGUCAACAGCAGCAUGAAUCUGACAUCAGUGAGUUUAUGAAGUUCUUUAUUAAAGAAAUGAACUCAUGUGCUAUAAAUAAGAUAUUUUUUAUUAAAUGGCUUAGAAUCCUCCUGGAUGAAUAUAUCUCAGCUGAUCUUUAUUCUCUACAUCAUAAGUAUAUUGAAAAAUGGUCAGCAGUAUUAAAAAUGACAGAGAACAAUGAUAAAUCUGAAAAACUCAAAGCUGAACAAACAGAACUUGAGAGAAUAUCUGAGGCACUUCAAGCUGCAGCCUUUGGUUUGGAGCACAUCAUGAGGGAGAUCGGUCAGAUCUAUGAAUCAUGUUCAUCUGUGCAGAAGAACAAGAAGGACCUGCAGUUUGACUUCUCUUCUCUCCCGAGGCUUGCAGCAGAGAUGAUGAUCUCUGGAUUUCCACUGGAGCUGAUGGAUGGAGAUGCUGCUCAUGUUCCUGUGAUCUGGAUCUCUGCUGUUCUAGAGGAACUCAGCAAGUAUCUGGGAGAGCAAAGAAUCUUUGUGCUGUCAGUUUUAGGGAUUCAGAGCUCUGGGAAAUCCACCAUGCUGAAUGCCAUGUUUGGACUCCAGUUUGCCGUCAGUGCUGGCAGGUGCACCAGAGGAGCUUUCAUGCAGCUGGUCAAAGUGUCAGACGAGAUGAAAACACAGAUGAACUUUGACUAUAUUCUGGUUGUUGAUACUGAGGGUCUUCGUGAUCUAGAAUUGACUGGAAGUUCAACCAGACAUCAUGACAAUGAAUUGGCCACAUUUGUUGUUGGUCUUGCAAAUCUGACAUUGAUCAACAUCUUUGGAGAAAACCCAUCUGAGAUGCAGGACAUUCUUCAGAUUGUUGUUCAGGCCUUCAUGAGGAUGAAGAAGGUCAGACUGAAUCCCAGCUGUGUGUUUGUGCAUCAGAAUGUUUCAGAUGUCACAGCUGGAGAGAAAAACAUGACAGGAAGGAGACGACUGCAGGAAAAACUGGAUGAGAUGACUAAACUCGCUGCUAAAGAGGAAGUUUGUGAUGCAGAACGUUUCAGUGAUGUCAUUGCAUUUGAUGUACGGAAUGAUGUGAAGUAUUUUCCUCAGCUCUGGGAGGGAAACCCACCCAUGGCACCACCAAACCCAAAGUACUGUGAGAACAUUCAAGAACUAAAGAAAACAAUUAUGUCUCAUGCCUCAAAAUCACAUGGAAUGAGACUGGUAGACUUAAAAGAUUGUAUUAAAGAUCUCUGGGAAGCUUUACUUAACGAACGAUUUGUUUUCAGCUUUCAAAAUUCUCUGGAGAUUGCAGUAUACAGGAAACUGGAGACCGAAUACAGCAAGUGGUCCUGGAGUCUUCGCAGUGCCAUGAUGAAAACUGAGAACAAACUACACAACAAUAUAGAAAAUGAAGCAAUUCAUGAAGUUGAGGAAAAUGAUCUCCAAAGAGAACUGAAGAAGACAAGUGAUGAAGUGAAAAAAUCAAUGUCAGAAUUCUUUGAGAAAGAUGCAGAUGCAAAUAUAUUGAUACAGUGGAAAAGUUUUUUUGAGAUAAAAAUACAAGAGCUUCAAGAAACCAUUAUAAGAGAAACAAAGAGGAAAUUAAAUGAGAUUCUUCAGCAGCGAGACCUGAAGAAAAAGAUUGAUGCUCAAAGGAUACAUCAUGAAAACACUCUCUAUGAAAAGAGCAAAGAACUUGCCUUAAAACUCAAAGACAAAGCAACUGAUGAACAAACACUGAAGAAAGAGUUUGAUAUAUUUUGGAAACAGUGUGUGAAGAAGAUCAUCAAAGACACUCCUCCAAUCAAAGACAUUGAGAUAAUGAGAGAUGUGAAAACUCUCCUCAGUGACAUCUAUGAAAGUGCUCCUGUAGGCGAGAGCAGUGAGUGCAGGGAUGUUUUUUCUGUUCCUAGUUAUUCAGAUUAUGUACAGUUAAAGAAAUCCAGUGGAUGUACAGGACAUAUGAAAAAUGCCAUCAAAGCAGUUAAAGAGAAGUUUGGUUACAUUCUAUCUCAAGAGGAUGAAGCCCAAAUAAGAGCAUUAGUCUCAGAUGUUGCUCAGCAAAUAGAGAAAAGGAUCAUUUUAUUUAACAUUGCAAAAAUGGGCUACAAUAUCAGCUGCAUUCAACAACUAACAGAUUAUAUCAAGGUAAGAGUAAGACAACACCAGGAGGGACAAGUGAAAUAUUUGUUCAAGAAUGAAUUCUUCAUCAGUUUUGUUUAUUCAAUAUUUAAGAGAGCAAACAAGACAUUCGCUCUACAACACAGACUGUUCAGAGAAGACAAUGAUCCUGUUCUCUAUUUGGAGAAGAAGAAAGAAGAGUACUAUAGUAUUUUCCAGAAACACCUCCAUGGAGCAACAUCAGCUGCCAUUUUUGGAGAGAUCAUCUGUCAGAAACUGAAGGAGCCCAUUGAGCAGAGUGUCUACAAGAAGACUGCCAGAGAUCUGACAUAUGAACUGAGAACAAACUGUGAAUCACUGAAUGGAAACAGAUUAAAUCUGGAGAAGCACAUCCUGAAGUUUCUUGCAGAAAAUGAGAAUUUUUCUGCAUACAUGGACUACAUUAAUUAUCCCAAAGAACACUUAAUGAAUUUCAUCAGAGAUGAAGUCACUUGGUACAUCAAGGAUAAGUUCAGUCUCCAUGUUUUACCCAAGAUGAAGGAGAACAUUGAACUCUUGCAGCAGAAGAUCAUGAAAGCAGCACAUGAAUCUACUGAACAUGUUCAAGUGAACAGAGGAGAUGUUGGUUUGUGGUUGAAGAGUUUCACACAGCAGCUCUCAGAUGAGCUGAUCUUCUCUGAAAAAGACCUCAGUGGAGUGAAACAUGAAGGUGUUGAUGAUUUAAACCUCCUAGAAGAUGUGAUAAGAAAGGAACUUCCUGCUGUAAUUUCAGAUAUCACCAGUAGAUUCAAUACUAAAACAUUUGAUGAAAAACUUGAUCUCAAGUUCAGACCAGAUGAGUUUCUGAUUGAUCACUUCUGUCAGUGCUGUUGGGUUCAGUGUCCGUUCUGUGGAGCCACCUGCACCAACACCAUAGAAAACCAUGAUGGAGAUCACAGCGUUCCUUUGCACCGAGUGACUGGAAUUAUUGGAUGCUAUAAUGAUGGAACACAGAAUCUUUGUACAGAUUUUUGCUCAACUGUAGUGAAAAGUAAAAAGCUUUUUAAAUCAUCAGACACAUGGUUUCCAUAUAGACAAUACAGAAAUGCAGGAGGAGUUUAUGCUAAUUGGAGUUUCACCUCAAACUCUUUUAGGUUGCUGUACUGGAAGUGGUUUGUUUGCAAAUUCCAGAAACAUCUGGAAAAGUACUACGAGAAGUCAUUUGAAGGGAAAGGAAGAAUCCCAAGAUUGUGGAGAGUAUGCACAAAAGUGGAUGCAAUUAAGAGUUUAAAAUACUACACUCCUUCUAGAAAUCUUCUAAAUAGAUAUAUGGUAGAAAUAUCUCUUUAGAAAACUUCAUAAACAUUUGCAUUUAAGAUAAUAGGCAGAAGUUAUCAAGCCUAGGUUACUACUGUAACCUCCAUUCCCUGAAGGAGGGAACAGAGACGUUAGGUCGAUACUGACGUAAUGGGAACUGUAGGGAUGUCUUUAUAGUUUUGAUGAUAAAAAAAAUGAAAUAAAAUGUUUGUUUGUUUUUUUUUUUGUUUUUUUCUUCAGUGUAGCUAUGACAAAGAACAUGAAGCACCUUGGAUUUGAUGGAGUUAGCAAAACCAAUUGAACAACAGAGCUUUUUUAUGUUGUUUGUAAAGCAGUUUAAUGCUCAUAAUGUAAAUAAAGAUGUUUCUAAUUUAAGAAAUAGAUACAGUGUCCAUGCUAACAAAGCCCAGGGCACCUGAGAAUCCUUAUGAGAAAAAAAAGAGGAAAUUAGAUUAGAUUCUUCGUCAGUGAGACCUGAAGAAAGGGACUGAUGCUCAAAAGACAUAAUUUAAAGAACAAAGAACUUAAAACUCAAAGACAACGACUUUCUAUGAAAGUGUUCUUGUAUGGGAGAGCAGAGCACUUUCAUAGAAGGUCUUCAUAUUAUUACGUUGAUUAUAACUGUACACCGUAACUGUACAUUGAUUAUGUACAGUUAAAUAAAUCAGAAUUUUCAUACUUGUUGGUUUUAUCUGUGCUGCUUAACUUAUUUUUUUGAUUCACUUUUAGCAGUUUGUGUUGUUGGUUUAUCUUUAUUAUUAUUAUGUGUUUAUUGUCACCAUGUUGUGUUUUGUAGUAUCUGUGUCUGUGCAUAAGUGAUGCUUAUAAGAAAAAAAGUAUUUUGUUGCAAGAUGAUGUCACACCUUUCAAAGGUAAAUCUCAGCACUUGCUUCGCUAUUGGGAAAGAUAAAUUUACAAACAGUUAUGAAUUUGUAAAUGAAUAUAAAUAUUUAUACUGGUAAAUUUAUUAUUAUUAUUAUUAAUCUUUUUUUUUAAAGGCAGAGUGUUUUAUGUGGAAUGGAUAUAUGUAUGAAAUGUAUUUUUUGUGGGCUGAUGUGCAGCAGUUCUCUCAUCCAAGACAAAUUUCUCCUAAGGGAGACAAUAAAUGGUACCUUGAACUUGAAAUAUUCAUGCUAAAAUAACUCUAAAACGAAUCAUAUUCAUGCUAAGAAUAGUUUGACUUAAAACUUAAAAUUAGCCAACUAUCUUAUUUUGUAUUCUAGCUUGUUAUUGUUUUAACAAAUGUUUUAAUUUGUCACACAUUUCAAUUGUCUUUUCUCUUCUGAUCCCAAGCAAAUUUAACACUAAUCACCAUUAUGGUGACUUUAAAACAAUUACAUUUCUAAACAAUAUAAUUUCUUACAGUGGCAUGGUUAAAGACAAAUGAAAAAAUAUAUAUAUUAUCUAAAUAAAUAUAACAAAACAUAAAUAUAAAAUCUAAACUUCAAACGCUAUUAAAGACAAGUAAACAGUCUGUAAUAAUAUAAGAACAAACAGUCAAACUACAAGCAAUAGCACAAAUAAACAAAAUAGAACAAAGGUACAAAUUAAAUAGUGUUUUUCAGGUUUUUCAGGUCUAACAGUGGUUAGAUACAGAUUAGGUUCACUGUAAAAAAAAAAAAAAAAAAAAAGUUAAGUGGACUGAAUGAUUUUUUUUUUUUCUUCAGUACAAACAUUCCCUGUAAAAUGUUUUUUGUUCACUCAACUUAACUUUUUGAGGUACUAAUUUAUUAUAAUUUAUAAGUAUUUUCAACUUGACAAAUUUAGUUAUUUGAACUUACAGUUCAACAGUUUUCAGUACCAAAGUUCAUGUAACCUAAUUUGACUUAUUUUAUUAAUUCAACCAAAUAAAUAAUUAUUUUAUUUAAAUUGUUAUUUUAUGUUAAUUGUAAAUUAUUUCAGACAUAUUUUGGUUGAGAACUUUUGGUUGAGGUAUGUCCAUACCUGCGCAACACAUCAGUAUUACAAGAAUCUUUAAUAGUUCUUCUUCAAAAACUCAGCCAGUUAAUCUUGCUCGGUCAUAAAAGCCCUGACAGGAGGCGUGUUGUUGCCCGGAAAUACAACAUCUUCAUUGGUCCGGUCAACCCUAAGAGGUGUGACUUUGACCAGAGGUUAAAAGCCAGUGCUUUCUUUUUAUUGCUUCUUGGAUGACUGAAGAGACCCCUUGUUGCUGCAGGCCUCUUCAGGCCAAGGCCUGUGGACCUGCAAGGCCUGUAGGCCUCGGCCUACAACCCAGCCAUGUGCUCAUCUAUGAGAGAGAGAAAGAACUCUUUCCCCACUAAGAGUCAAAUUAACAGCUUAAGCUGUUUCAUAGCACUUCAUCCAACGCAAAAGAUGGCAACAACUUCGGACCGAAUCAUCAAUAUUUCUCUUCAGCCUGCAGAUCUGAUGCUCCUCAGCCUAAAGGCAUCUUGCAAGUAUCGUACAUUUGAACACUAAACAGCGAUUUAGUAAUAAUUUGUAAACCACCUAUGUCAGAAAAGGUGUUUUAUUGCUGAGGAAACUGAGAUUCUUUUCCAUAUUGUCUUUGACUUUUUCCUAUAGCUCCAUUAACGGUUCCCCUUCCGGUUCAACUCUAUCAUUGCUCAUUCUUACCUACGUAUGUGUGUGACCUGCGUGCAUGUUAUGUGUUUGUUAGUUUAGUUAUGUGUUUGUGAGUUAGUUAAUAAAGAUUGUGCACAACA